ACAUUCUUCUCGUGCAUCUCACUUCUCAUUCUUUGUUAUUUUCUCUCUCUCCUGCUUCCCAAAGUCUUUCUUCCAAAUGUGGAAUGCCUUGGCUUUAAUGAGGCCAUACCUCUGCUUACAAAUGAUGACAAAGAACCAGACGUAUUACGGUAAUACCAUCAGACUGGAGCCAAAACUGCUUUCUUGUUUUUACAGGAAAAGCUUCUCGAUAGCUGCUACUCUGGGAUAAAUAAAAUCAAAGCGAGCUUCAACGAUUUUUAUUCAGGAUACACAUUAGAAGUUGAAAUGGAUAAACUCCAGAGGAAACAGAGGAGCCAAGAACUUCGCUCGUCUGGGAUGUCUGUGGGGGAUGUGACGGUGCUCCCAUCCGGCUCCCUGAGCCAGGGGCAGCGUUCGCUGACCAGGCUCUACUGUCAGAAUGGAGGGCAUCACCUGAGGAUUUUAUCCGAUGGGACGGUGAAUGGUGGGAGGCAGGAAAAUGACACUUAUGAAAUCCUGAGACUGAAGGCGGUGAGAGUGGGAGUGGUGGUGAUCAAAGGGGAGAUGACAGGAAGGUAUCUGGCCAUGAACAAAAACGGAAACCUUUAUGGAUCACAAGCACUAAAUGAUGAGUGCUACUUUUUGGAAAAAUAUGAAGAGAACAACUACAACACAUACUGCUCCCAGAAAUACAGCUGGUAUGUUGCUUUAAAGAGGAACGGCCAGCCUAAAAGAGGACCGGACACCCACCAGGGUCAGAAGGCCAUUUGCUUCCUGCCCAGACCCACAGGCAGCGGGUAAACAGAGAAGAACCACGGAAAAGCACCCAGCUAAUCUGAGAAUAGAACACCUGGUAGACUAAGCUGCGCUGGACUGAGUAUCGUAAACACGACUUUGACAGAGCUUUUGCUAUUAAGACCUGAUAAAGUUGUUUGAACUGUCCGCUCAGCCUAACGACCCAAAUAUUUAUUCCUCCACUGCAACAGACGGAAAAAAAUCUUUUCUAUAUAAACAUAAGAGCUGAUAUCAGAAACAUUCUCCGGUUUAUGAGCACAAAGACUCCCUUUUUGACUUUGGCCAACAGUGUUAUCAGGCUGCAGUGCAUGUCUCCACAGCAAAACAAGAAUCCACUGUGAGCUCCCUGGCUUGAAAUUACAAUCCUAGAGGAGAGAAAUGUGCAGCUUGCUCUAAAAUAAAUUAUUUAAAAAAAUUAUUUAAAUACUUCUUGGAGUCCUUAUACAUUCUGUCUAAGCAUUCGCUGCGAGCUUUUGGAAUAGAAAACAGACCCAUAGUUAACAGAAAGCCUCUGUUUAAUGCAUACGCAUCAUUUGACGCCAAGGUCAGAAAUCCAACCUCUGAGGGCUGCAUUUAGGAUAAUAACUUUUAUAAAAGAGGUGCGGGCAAAGCUGCUGUUCCAAAUGUGGCCUGAUAAUGUAAAAAAAGUUUUACUGUGAAAAAAAAGAAAAAGACUAACCUAAUUUGCAAGGUGGCAAAUGAACAAUAUGUACUGUUUGAUACAUAGCAACAGGACAGCCUGCAUGUUGGAAA